AUCACGCAUCUCAAUUAUACAUUGGUGAAUCAUCAAAACCCAAUCCAAACGACUAUGAUGUAUUAGUAAAAGUGAAAUGCUUUGGAUUGAAUCGAAUCGAUAUUUACCAAAGUCGAGUCACAAAAUAUAAGUUUGGUGAUAAAGUAUUUGGAUUAUUGUAUGGAGGUGCAUACGCCGAGUAUGCACUUAUAAAUGAAGACAUGGUAAUGUUAUUACCAGAUCAAUUAACUUUUCAACAAGGUGCUGCAAUACCUGAAGUAUGGUUUACUGCUUAUCAGGCCUUACAUUUGAUUGCCAACAUUCAAGAAGGUCAUAAUAUUUUAAUUCAUGCUGGUGCAAGUGGUGUCGGAUUAGCACUUGUUUUGGAAUACACUGAUAAUCGUGGUGUAGAUAUUAUCAUUGAUUUUGUGGGUAAAGAUUAUUGGCAUAAAAAUAUGGAUUGUCUUGCAGUUGAUGGUAGGAUGGUAAUUCUUUCUUUAAUGUCAGGUAUGGCUGUUAGCAAUGUUGAUUUAAGACCAUUCUUUCUUAAAAGCAUUCGUGUCGAAGGUUCACUUCUAAGAUCCAGGCCACUCGAUUACCAAAUUAAUCUUAGGAACCUAUUUUACAAAAAUAUAUUUCCAUUAUUCACAACACCUGAAUCUCCUUUAAAAAUCAUAAUUGACAAAGUAUUUGAUUGGAAAGAAAUCUCUGAGGCGCAUAAAUAUCUAGAAAGUAACGUUAGUAUUGGUAAAGUUAUUAUAAAUGUUACUGAUUAA